AAGACAGUUGGAAACAUUAAAGAAAAUAAGAUUAGGAAAUCAACAACAACAUUGCAGUUUCUAUCUUCAUUUGUUUUUAUUAAUUUAAAUUUUCCAAGAUGCCUACGCCAGAAAAGAAAGUGUUGACCAACCCAGAACAAAUCCAAGAACAGCCAGUUAGGGAAAUCACGCAAACCGACCAUUUGAACAAGAAACUAUUGACUUCGUUGUUCAACAGGAUGAACGAAGUGGACAGCGAAGGCGGUAACUCUCUGCUUGCAAAGAUGUUGGAACCAGACAAUGAUGAUUUCGACGACGAUUUUGAAGACAGAGAAGAGAAAAAGGACUAGGAAAAAGUGUUAAGAUUGCAAAACAUUUGCUUGUAAAUAAGUGAUAAGUUAUAUAGAUCAACUAUAGUAUAUAUUAUUGUUGUGCUUGCUAUUUAUCUGUAAUAAUGAAUGUUCUUACAUCUAAAUAUAAAUAUAUAAUAAACGCAUUAUAAAUUUAUUUGUUGAGUCA